AGCUAUGAGGCGUAAGCGUUCUCGGUAGCCUCAUUUCCAUACUCUGUUGGUCUGAUGUCGCAACCUAUAUAAAAGAAAAAGAGGAGGCAGACGUGUCUGGUGACAUACGCAAACGCCUACACUCGCCCACCCUCUCUCCCUCUUCGAGGCUCAAGGCCAGGCGGUCGUCCCCCGAGAACUGCCGUUCAUCUUCUCUACUCUGGAAAUGCCGGACGCCCAGGUUUUAGGCUCCAGUGGUACAGCACAUAUCCUACGCUCCCAUUGCGGCUCCGGCCAACGACAUCGAACUUGUGGGCGCGAGCAAGGAUGAGACGACGGAAACGGAUAAACUCUCGCCGAGUGUCGAUGCAGUGGACUUCAGCAACACGUGUCCGCCACCGGCUGUCAGGAGUACGGGCUUUCUGCAAAGGCACCGAAAGAAAAUUUCCCUCCUUCCAAUGAUGCACACUCAAUUCUGGGUGGCUGCAGCGUAUGCUCUUCUGGCGCCACUUUUUCCAGCUCUGGCUGUUUCGAGGGGUCUCGAAGCCUGGGAGUACGGAUUUGUCUUCUCAUUGGGAAAGAUAACCACAUUAAUAGGGUCAUCAUGGGCAAAAAAACUGAUACAACAGACAUCUCCAAAAUUUGUAUUUCUCAUUGGACAAGUUGGAUACUUCCUGGCAAACGCAGUGUAUGGUGCCUUGCACUGGAUUCCUGGAAAGUACACGAUGUUGGGCAUUGCUCUCUUUGGAGGUGCAUUAGGUGGACUGAGUGAAUCUCUGUACUGCAUCGCCAGCUAUGCAACAGCUACGGUUGUGUUGGCCGACCACCUGGGCUUCGCCGUCGCGGGAAUGCAAGUCCUGUGGGGAUCAGGAGGAGCCACGGGUGCCAUCCUUGGGGGCGCCAUUGCAGAUGUCUGGGGAUAUCCUGCGUCGUUCUUCGUGAUGUCAUCAGUAUUUAUGCUGUCGUCUCCUUUCAUUGCGACGUCGCGGAUCUUCCGAAGAAACCGAAAACCCGCAGUUGGGGAUCCGCAAAUAAACGGAGAUAAUGCUGCCGGGGAAACACAUAUGAAGCAUUACUGGCUGCUUCGCGAUGCUAGAUUUAUUUCAUAUUUGUUCAACCUAUUCCUCGAUGGUCUCAUAUUUGGAUUCAUCGAACCAACCUUAGAACCCUAUCUAGAUCAGUUUGACCAUAGUAGUUCAGGCGUUGGCAGUGUGUUCAGCGUCUACUCUGUGACCUUCUGCAUUGCUUCAGCCGUAUGCGGUGUUAUCUGUCACUGUAAGGCCGAGAUCCGCUGCCUACCAUUGGUCCAUUUGUUUAACAUAUUGGGCUUCCUCCUGAUAGGCCCAGCACCUUUCCUUCCAUUUAAACCCAACAUGAACUUCAUUUACGUCUCCCAAGCACUACUGGGUGCAGGAGUCGCAUCACUUCACGCGCUGUCAUACUCAAGCGCAAUCAAGCGUGCAAUCGCUAAAGGUUACAAGGAAGACAUUGACACGAGCAGCUUCGUGUGUGGUGCAAUAUUUGCUUCAUACGUUGUAGGGGCAACCCUUAGUCCGCCUAUCAGCGGAUAUGUCGUUGAAGCACUAGGAUUCCGAGUAGGCUCCAUGAUACUUUUCGGGGUGCUGGUCGCUUGGAUGCCAGCACUGCUGCUCCUCCAGAAGAACUCAAGGAGUGCACACUGACCUCAGCGGACGCACAUAUCGGACUGGUCGAAA